AAGCCGGGGGACGGGGGUAUCCGGUGGGUGCUGGGGGGAGCCGCUGAACCCCCCCCCCCGGUGCCCCCCAGCCGUGGGUCAUGCGGCGCCGGAGCGAUCGUGCCCCCAGGGAGAAGGCGCUGGUGGCCACGGAGGAGGAGACGAAGAGCGCGGGCAGGAAGGGGGAGCAGGGCCCAGAGGGGUUCCAGUGCUCCGGGGUCCUGGAGCGGGACUUGCCCGAGCUCUGCGCCCGCGCCGGCAUCACCCACGUCCCGCGGGUCACGGUGCGGCCGGCCCCGAGCUUCCCUGCGGACGCGGAGCCGCCUGCGGGGACGCUGGAGGAGACGCUGGCCCGCAUCGAGCGCAAGUACCGGAGCUUCCAGCCCCGCAUCCAGGUGGAGCGGGAGCAGGAGGAGCCCCGCAGCGUCCGCGCCGUGUUCCUGCGAGGCUGGAAGCUCGAGGAGGAGAUGCUGGGGGUCCUGAGCCAGUGUCUGACCGCGCUGGGGGCGCUGCAGGAGCUGCACCUCUGGAACGUGCCGCUGCCGGAGCCGCUGCUGCCGGUGCUGGCGGCGCUGCCAACGCGCUGCUCCCGCCUGCGGACGCUGAGCCUGGAGGGGAAUCCUUUGCCUGAAUCCGCUUUCCAGCUGUUGAUGGGCACCGACAGCCUGUGGCGCCACCUCUCGCUGCGCUGCUGCAGCAUCGGGGCCGCGGCCGCGGAGCGCAUCGGGAGGAGCCUCUCGACCCCCGGGAGCUGCAACCGGCGCCUCGAGUCGCUGGUGCUGAGCUUCAACCGCAUCGGGGACCGCGGCGCCCAGCGAAUCGCAGAGGGGCUGCGCCUGAACCGCUCCCUGCUCUCCCUGUCCCUGGCCAGCAACGACAUCGGUGACGCCGGGGCCUCGGCGCUGGCCCAGGUGCUGGCUCCCUUCGCGCUCACCCCCGAGGAGGAGGCGCAGCGGCGGCGGCUGCUCCUGGCGCGGGCCCUGGGGCGCUCCCGUGCGGCCCCCAAGGAGCCCGAGCCCCGCGGAGACCCCGCUGCGGGCGGCAAAGGGGCCCCGGCCCGGCCCGGCAGAGCCGGCCCCAGGAGCAAGGAACCGCAGCGGAAAGAGGAGCUCAAACAGAGCAAGAAGCGUGAGAGGGGCUGCGAGGGGCGGAGGGAACACGCCGGAGCCGAAGCCGGGCGCGCAGAAGCCGAGCGCGGCCGCGGAGCCGCUGCCGGGCGCGGGCGGCCCCGGGGCGCUGCUGCCCGGGAACCGCUCCCUGCGCAGCCUCAGCCUGGACCACAACCGCGUGUCCGAGCGCGGCCUCGGAGCCUUCCUGGCGGCGCUGGAAGCGCAGCAGCGCGAGGAGCCCAAGGGGCCCGGGCAGCAGGGGCUGGAGCGGCUCGGGCUGGAGAGCAACCGCAUCCCUCCCACCAGCCCGGCCCUGGCCCGGCUGCAGGAGCUGCUGCCGCUGGAGCCCGGUCCCAAAGCCCCGGAGCAGGAGGAGGAGCAGGAUGCGGGCACUUAGGGCGGUCCCGGUCCCGGUCCCGGGUCCUGGCCUUCCCCUUGGAAACCAACCCCAAACCCUUGUGUGGAGAGGAGGAAAAGAACCGGGAUCCGGGAGGGAAAGAACUGGGAUCCGGGAGGAAAAGAACCGGGAUCCGGGAGGGAAAGAACCGGGAUCCGGGAGGAAAAGAACCGGGAUCCGGGAGGAAAAGAACCGGGAUCCGGGAGGAAAAGAACCGGGAUCCGGGAGGGAAAGAACCGGGAUCCGGGAGGGAAAGAACCGGGAUCCGGGAGGGAAAGAACCGGGUUCCAGGAGAGAAAGAACCGGGAUCCGGGAGGAAAAGAACCGGGAUCCAGGAGGGAAAGAACCGGGAUCCGGGAGGAAAAGAACCGGGAUCCAGGAGGGAAAGAACCGGGAUCCAGGAGGGAAAGAACGGGGAUCCGGGAGGAAAAGAACCGGGAUCCAGGAGGGAAAGAACGGGGAUCCGGGAGGAAAAGAACGGGGAUCCGGGAGGGAAAGAACUGGGAUCCGGGAGGGAAAGAACCGGGAUCUGGGAGGGAAAGAACCGGGAUCCAGGAGGAAAAGAACCGGGAUCCGGGAGGAAAAGAACCGGGAUCCAGGAGGGAAAGAACGGGGAUCCGGGAGGAAAAGAACCGGGAUCCAGGAGGGAAAGAACGGGGAUCCGGGAGGAAAAGAACCGGGAUCCAGGAGGUCCAAGCACCGCUCGCUCUCGGCUCUAUUAUAUAUAA